ACACCUCCGUCCCAUCUCUCCAAUCACUGUUUGAUCGAUUUCCAGCGUCGCUCAAAAGCCGUUCAAGCUUGGGUUUCUUCUUCUUCUUCUUCUUCUUCUUCUGGGUGUGUUUGAUCUUUGAUAUUGCGAAGGGAAGAAAAUGUUGGGGAUAUUCAAGAAGGGUUUGGCUCAUCCGCCGCAAGAACUCAACAGCCCAAACCCGUCGAAGACCGCGACGAGGCAGCCAAAGUUUCCCAGAGAGAUCUUGGAGGAAUUCAUGGCUUCUCAUCAGCCCAGCAGCAGCAAUGCCUUCUCGGUUAGCUUCGAAGAUGGCGCUGCGCUCACUUACGCUCACCCUCCGAGGUCCUACUCGGUUCAUCAAAGAUUGUUCUGUGGCUUGGACAACAUCUACUGCAUUUUCGGGGGCAGCCUAAACAACCUGUGCAGCCUCAUCAAGCAAUACGGCCUAUCGAAGGGCACGGACGAGGCCAUGUUCGUGAUUGAGGCGUACCGGACCCUCCGUGACCGGGGGCCGUACCCAGCCGAUCAGGUCCUCAAGGAUCUGGACGGCGACUACGGCUUCGUGCUCUACGAUAGCAAGGCUGGGACCAUUUUUGCUGCAUCUGGAGCAGGAGAAGGGGUAAGACUGUUCUGGGGGAUCGCAGCAGAUGGUUCUUUGGUAAUCUCGGACAACUUGGAGAUCGUGAAAGGGAGCUGUGCUAAAUCAUUUGCUCCAUUCCCAGCAGGGUGUAUGUUUCAUAGCGAGCACGGAUUGAUGAGCUUUGAACAUCCAAGGAGCAAAGUGAAGGCAAUGCCGAGGAUUGACAGCGAGGGUGUCAUGUGUGGGGCCAAUUUCAAGGUUGAUGUCCAGUCCAAGGUUCACGCCAUGCCACGUGUCGGGAGCGAAGCCAAUUGGGCAAUUUGGGGUCAAAAUGCAUGACCCCUAGGAACCCAUUAAUCAAAGAUUAAUUGAAAGUUCGAUCCUGCAUUUGUGUUUGUUUUUCAGUGUCUUGCUUGUAACUUCUUGUUGUUUGUUUCUCUCAAAGCUCACUUUGGUACCAUGCCCUGAUUUUUCUUUGCGGAUGUACAUAAUUUGACCCUUUAGAACAUCAAUAAAAAGGAUUCGAAUUACGACAU